UGAUCUCUGAACUUUGUCAUGAAGUCACACCCACAUGUACAUGCUCAUUUGUGCUUGCGCUCGAAGGAAAUCAGGAGUCUCUGCCAAACAGCUCUAAUAUAAAAGCUCUACCAUGCCGUGGAAACAAGUGCUUAUGUUUCUGCUUGGGCUACAAAGUUUCCAGGCUUGUUUUGCCAUCAGCCAAGAUGAAAGUGCCCGUUCAUAUCUCGAACGCUUCAACACCACACGUAACAAUCACGUGACUCCAGCACUAAAAACUGCAGCACGUGACUUCAUCGUGAAGACCUUCCAGGACUUUGGACUGGACACGUGGACAGAGGAAUUUGCGUCUAACCAGAAAAACUUUCCAGGAAUCAAUAUAAUCGGCCGUGUCAAUGGAAGGUACACUGGGACGAGUAAGGACAAGAUCCUUAUCAUCGCUACUCACUACGAUACGGUGCAAGGAACAAAUGGAGUAGAUGACAAUGGUUCUGGUAUGACGGCUUUGCUCCAGGCUCUAAGACAAUACAAGAGCUCAAAUUAUAUGAAGUGCUCUCAAAACUACACUUUGCUUUUCGUGGCUUUUGAUCUCGAGGAAGUUCAACAGUCUUGUCAAGCUGCACCGUGUCCAUGUAAAAGAGGAUUGCAGUGGCGGAUCCAGGGUUUUUCAAAACGGGGUCCAGAUCGGGGAAUAGAUUGCUAUGACGUCAUAUUGACGUCAUAUGAUGUCAAAGUAUUAAUUGUUUCGUUGCUUUUACCUACUAUAUAAGCGCUGUUAGUUUGAAUAAAAAUUAUAAAAUUUGUCUUAA